AUGGACGGUCGUCCCCCUAAAAGACAACGCAGAUCUAAGGAUAUAAAGCCAAUCAAAUCAACUCGAAAAGUCGUUUCAGAUAGCUCCAGUCCUAUCGAAUCAACAGAACCUUUCGCCCUCUCCUCGCGCCCCAAAACCUCCUACUCACGCGCAACACCAUCAACCCGGCUCCCUUCGUCCUCACCCUCUCCAAACCAAAAGAACAAAUCGUCAUCAAAUCCAAACUCAGAAUCCAAGUCCCUGCACAGCUUCUUUCAGCCCGCAACAGAGGGACAGCGAUGGGCACCAAAGACCGAAAAGCAGUCCCUCCCGCCGGUCAGGGAGACUGUCGACGUGGACCUGAUUGAAGAUGACUACGACUCUUACGAUGAAAUAUUCACACAGCAUCUAGCUAAUGAGCGAGCGGCAACGGGUCUGGCGGGUGUGAGCUCCAGCCAGACGCGUCAACCUGCGCCAAAGCCAGCGCCAAAACCAAAGCCAAAGGCCCCAGUCAAACCACCGCGGAAGACGACAAAACGGUUCCUUCUCUCUACGGACUCUGGGAAAGGCACUGCGAAGGAGCCAUUGGCUGCGCAGCCGGCUGGCGAACCGGACCGUCGACCAUGGGCUCAGCGGUUCGCUCCAGCGAACUUAGGCGAAUUGGCCGUUCAUAAAAAAAAGUCUCGGAUGUACAGCAUUGGUUGGAAGAUGCCUUUGCUGGGAGACGUUCUGAGGUGA